UCGAAUCAACAGUGUGCAAAUUUUACUCGUUAUUUAAUUUAGUUUACAAGAUUUAGUUUUAGACGCAACCCCAGCGAUGGUUACCGAAUCUGAGCCACCGCAAGCCGGACAAGCUUCCUCCGGGCAACGUUCGGAAAUAUCUAGGAAGAGGUUAAAUGUCACUAAGUACGUAGUAUUGACGUUGACCGGAUUGGGAGUGGUCUUCGAGAUAUUUCAAAUCAUUCUCGGAGCCAGCGCUGGCCGAAUGUUCAAGGAGUAUCGCAUCUUCAUCGAUCACUACUACAUAUCGCUGAUGGACUUCAUCGUGGUGAUCGGAGUGCUAAUGCUGCUGAUUUCGCUCUUUUGCUGCGUGGGAAUCAUUCUGGAGAACGUCACCAUUAUAUCAACGUACGUAGUUCUCUACACAAUGAUGGUAAUUUUGGAAAUCAUCGGUAUCGUGAGUUCGUUCAAUGCCACAACAAGGAUGGAUGCCAUGCUUGAAUCCAGAAUGUUCAGUACGUUUGCUCUUUAUCUGGAAGAUAUAACCGCGCAAGGUUACGUUAACCAUUUGCAGCAAACUUUGGAGUGCUGUGGAAUCCACGCCCCCACGGAUUGGCACCAAUGGCCGGGGUACGUUAUUCCACCAUCGUGUCAUCCCGGUUUGGUCGAAGGCAAUGCAGCAUUUCCGGAGGGUUGUUAUGGAAGUUUGAGGCGAAUGUUGGAGAACAUUAUGAACGCAGUAUCGACGGGAACGAUGAUUGUCAUCGUUUUUCAGCUACUAUGCAUGUUGGGAACCAUCUGGCUUCUGACUACCUUGAGGCGCUUCAAGAGACAACAGGCCGCAACCCCCAGAAGUACGGUCAACAACGAAACAUCGAUUUCGCUCAGCUGGGAUACCGUUGGCGAUGAGAAACCUCGUUUCUGAUUCAAGGAGAGUUCGUUGAUCAUGGUUUGAAUUGAAAUUGUUAAAGAAAUUUACUACCGAAAUGAUCUUGUUUCAAAGAUAUUGUAGAAUGAAAAUAUUAAAUCAAAUUAAUUUCA